AUGGCUGGCAGGAGCCUGGAUUCCACCAUCCUUUUCCCUUCCUCUCAGGCAGUGGCCCUGUCUCAGGACUACGAGCAUGGUGCAUCUCCUGGAGAAGGAGUGCAAGCCCUGGCUUUCCCCAGGACCCGUGCCCGGGGUCCCGUGCCCUGUGCUGGUAACAGGGACCAGCUCUCCGACCAGCACCUGCGGGACCAGCUCUCCAACCAGCACCUACAGGACCAGCUCUCCAACCAGCACCUACGGGACCAGCUCUCCAACCAGCACCUACGAGCCAAGAGGGCCAGGGUGGAGAGCAUCAUCCAAGGCAUGAGCCUCCCACCAGUCCAUCAGGCAUUUGGCACCAGUCCGGAUGCAGCUUUUGGGCACGAGAGGGAGAGGGGCGGCGAGAUGCCUAGGGAGAGCAAGAGGAAGCCGAGGGUGACCCAGCAGGGCAUGGGGGCAGCUGGGCGAGUGGCCGCCAUGGAUGUCCAUCAGGCAUUUGGCACCAGUCCGGAUGCAGCUUUUGGGCACGAGAGGGAGAGGGGCGGCGAGAUGCCUAGGGAGAGCAAGAGGAAGCCGAGGGUGACCCAGCAGGGCAUGGGGGCAGCUGGGCGAGUGGCCGCCAUGGAUGGUAGCCCCCAUGCCGAGGGCUGCCAGCAGCUGAAAGAGCAGCUCUGCUUUUUAGAGCAGCAGCUAAGGCAGCUUCAGGAGAAGUUCUCCCAGGUCUGCGACUCUGGGGACACUGCCCAAACCCAGGAAGGUGCUGAGAAAGUGUAUCCACUGCCUGGAAAGCCUAGAGACAGAGUGGACAAGGAUGGUGCCGCUGCCACCAGUGACCCACGCAGAGUGCCUCUCUGGAGGAGUGUCCUGGAGGUGCAUGGGCUGGAGGAGGACGAGGACAGAUGCGAUGCAGGUGGCCUGCCCUUGGCAGCAAGGGUCCUUUCGCAGGCGCUGAAGCACGAGCUGGCUGGGGUGACAUCCCGGGUAGUGGACUCUGUCCUGAAGACCGUCUGGCCGAAGGCAGCCAGCCACCUCCUGCAGCAGCACCACAGCCGCCCGGUGCUGGAGCCAGAUGCCAGGAGAGAGUAUUUUGCUCCUGGGAAAUGCCGAAAGCCACUUGCUAAGCCAUCUCCCAUGAAUGCACCAGGCUUGCUGGGCUCACCCCAGGCUGAGGCCCUGUCAGGAGCUUCGGGAAAGAGCCCAGGCUCUCAUGCUGGCUCCUUCAGUUCAAAGGGGGGCAGAAAACCCUCUCAGGUACCCAGCAUGGGUUAUUCGCUGGGCUUGGCUGCCCCUGUCCAGGACAGCCAGCUGCUGAGCCAGCUGUUGGGCUAUGGCCAGCAUGGCCUCUGGGGCAGUGGCUCUUGUGGGAGCAUCUCUGCUCUGGAGAGGGAUCCCCCGGAGCCCCUCGACUUGCACUGGGGAACCGUCAAACUGAGGUCAUCAGUUGUGAGGCAGCAGCAGCAGCAUCCCCUGGCCCUGAGCCCUGCCAACAUGGAGAGCCUGGCACUGCUGCCAGCUGGCAGGGAUGGCCAUGGGGAGCUGCAGACUGGGAUGGAUGGGGCACCUUUCACCUCCACCCAUAUAUCCUUUGGGGCAGCUGGAGAGAUGCAGGAAGUGCUGACCCCCAGCCACCUGAAGAAGGCCAAGCUGAUGUUUUUCUUCACCCGCUACCCCAGCUCCACUCUGCUGAAGACAUACUUCCUCGACGUGCAGUUCAGCCGCUGCAUCACCUCCCAGCUCAUCAAGUGGUUCAGCAACUUCCGUGAGUUUUACUACAUCCAGGUGGAGAAGUUUGCCCGGCAGGCCCUGCUGGAGGGCAUCACGGAUGCUGGCACCCUCCAGGUCUCCCGGGACUCGGAGCUUUUCCGCGCUCUCAAUAUGCACUAUAACAAGGGGAACGACUUCGAGGUGCCGGGGCGGUUCCUGGAAGUGGCCAGCCUGACUCUGCGGGAGUUCUUCAGUGCUGUCAGGGCAGGCAAGGACGCCGACCCCUCCUGGAAGAAACCUAUUUACAAAAUCAUUUCCAAACUGGACAGCGACAUCCCGGAAGGGUUCAAAGCUGCCGGCUGCUCUCAGGAACUGCUCCGCAGCUGA